AGACAGAGCACCUGUGAAGCUUCCCGGCCGCGGGCUGCAGGCGGGUCACAGGUGGACCCUUCUCCAGCGUGAGGCCGGCCAUCCUAUCCCCGCUCCGGAGCGUUUUCACUGAAGCAUGAAAACAUGAAAAACGAUGCACAAAUCACAGCGCAGUUCGGUGACCCCUCCAGGCGCUCAGCCCCCAACAUGGAACAUUGUCUGAACACCAGAAACUAUGGCCUCCUUCCGACCCUGACAGACCCUGCCGGUGACCUCUCGCCCCCGGAGAGGCCCGGCCCACUUGUGGACUUUACACGAACAAAAUCAGACAGGAAAAAAACACACACUCCUGCCCUCGAAUUAAUAUUUCACUACGUUUGCCCCAUCCCACGUCUCUGCCACGUCUCCACGGGCACACGCCCAGCAGCACUGCGUUGGGCCACCGUGGAGGCCACCGAACGGCCUCCGGAGGGGUCAGGCCACCUCCGAUCCACGGACAGCGAGCGUCCUGGUGACCACGUCCCCAGGGACGCGUGGCGUCUGCCCUCCUUCCCAGCAACCCUCAUGAGCGCUAUCCCAGCCGGCUUUAAUUUGGGCUUCCCCGGCCACACGCUGCCGCCCUGCGCGGUGCCCGCUGCUCCUGCGGGAAGGAAGGCCCGCCCCCCGGCCGGUCAGAAUCCGUGGGCCCCGCCCUCCAUCCGCAAAACCCCACCGACACGAGGCUCUCACGGGCGUGCGGCCCCCAGGACGGGCCCCCCCAGCCUCGCCACGCCGCCCAACCCCCGCGCGCUGAGGACCUGCGUGGGGCGCCCCGCCCCCAAGACCUGGCCUCGGAGGACCCAGGGAUCUUGCCGCACAACUCACUCUACAGAUGGGAAACUGAGGCCAAGGCCACACGAUCUUUCCCUUCCCCCGCUUUCUCGGGCUAGUGCAUGGGAGCCGUCCCCGCCCUGUGCCGCGGCCUGCGUCACUGGAGCCACACUGCCGGAGCCUCCUAGAGCUGCUCGUUCUGACCCGUCCUGCGGGGCCACGGAUCCAUGCGUGUUCGAUGCCAUCACUUCACAAAACUCCAGCCUGAGUGCCCAGCGGUUUUCCUGUAUGCACACCUGACCCAGACGGACGGACGCCCUGAGCACACUGCCCCGGCCGCUUGCUGGACCCCAGGCUCGGUGCCGGCACCCCGGACUCCUCAGGACGGCCCCUCGGAGGCCCCGUGACUAUGACCCCACACGGCAAAGAGGACCCCGCGUGAAGCCAGUGCCUCCUGUAUACGGAGCCACCUGUCUGACGUCCAGAGACACAGGGGUCGGUGUCACCCCGAUAAGACGUAAGAUGGAUAUGGAAACAGGCCCCAAAAGGGAAAGCCAGCAGCCGAGGUCUUCCCGGAGGAAGGACAGUGGAUCGCCCAUCAGCGCCCAUCACGCCACAUGCUAAAAAUGCAGAUUCUGGCCCCAAUUCCUGCCGAGGUGCUGGCCCGGGACGGCCGGCUACGGGUGCCUGGUCCAGCAGACACGGCGGGAAGGGCUCCGGGCAGGGCUGGGGGCUGGAUGACGCCGGGCUCGCACCGUCCCUCCUCCAGCAGGCCCCGCAGCUCCAGGCUGCUCUGGAGUUAAUUAGGGACCCCAACAUUUAAUGGUCUGUUAUGCUUCCACUGGGCAUCUUUUUAAAUUAAAAAACAUGAUGUAUGGCACUGUUGGAAGGAGAAAUCACUUUGCGAUGGUUUCCUGCUCUGGCUCUGGCAGGGAUCGGGGAGGAGGGUGGCUGGCCGGCCUCCAGGAACCAUGGGCACAUGACCCUCUCCAGGAACACCGGUCCACCCCCGGCCGUCAGGAAGCAUGUCACUGACUCCAGGCAAGGGUCUGGGUGUCCAAAGGACACUGGCACUAUUCCCCAUCACACCCUCCUAACCCUGGCAGCCAGGAAGUUCUAUCUUUAGUCUGACCUGAAUCUCUCCAGUUGUUUUGAGGGAUGGCUGGUUUGAGACGGACCUCAGAGACUUGCCACUUCUGCUUUUCCCAGUGCAACCGAGACCUCCAAAGGCCCUGAACUCUGGGAGCCCUCUCAGAGCCGGGGAGUUCUGUCCCUGUUCCGAGCUCCGGCGGAAGGCGGGACGUCCACACAGAACGGCGGCUCCCUCUCCCCAGGAGCCACCGGCCGGGCCACGCCCGCGGACCCGAUGACCACGGCCAAGCCCGCUCACCCGCCUGGCCUCUGCACGGACAGGUCCUGCCCGAGUCUCCGUUGCUAUGAUUCUUUCAUCAGAGCACAUUUCCUGGCCGCUAUUAAUUGUACUAAAGAUUUGGGGCAUGGUUUCCAAGCAGAGGUUAUAAAUCAGCAAUUAACCCUCAAAUGUUACAAUGAGGGUAAUCGGAUACCAAGCAAAGACCAGCGUCAGAAGUAUCAGUGACGCGACACGGGCUGGGGCGGACAGGACACGUCCGCGGCACCAGGGCCGACCACGAUGCCGGCUGAGCCCCGGUGGGCGCCACGCUGGGGGGAAAUGGCCGCUCUGGCGAGGGGCCCUCGGGGAGACUCCCAGGCAAGGUGCAGAACAGCCAGCACGGCCCCCUCGGCGGCCGAGGUGUUCCCACACCGGAAAUGGGGCUCUCUCCCCUACGUUUCUGGAGAGUUCCAUCACAACACCUGGGAUCCCGACAAAAGACUUCCAGGUGAUCACCCUCAAGCUCGCGUCCCAGGAAAGAGGCUUCUGGAAGGGAAGCCGGCAGCACGGGCAGGCCUGGGCCCCCAGACUCUGGUCUUUGUGCGUCAUCAAACCUGCACACGUGCACACGCACGGCUUCCUCUGCUCUGCAGCUGAGGGAACUCUGAGCCACCCUAGGAACAGACGUCACCUCUAUCUGCUAAUGUCCUUACGGUCUGGAUUCUUACCGUUUCACUUUCAAUCCACCUGGAAGGUAUUUGGCUGGGGUGAAGAAGACGUAAAAUCAAUCCCCCACCCCCACCAGUAGGGAACAAAUUUGUCCUGCCAGCACGUAUUGAAUAAUCUGUCCCCUCAGCUGACUCGUGAGGCCCCAUCCCCCAGCCCAACGGCAGCGUACUUCCCACAGGGCAAGUCUGGUCAAGCCUGUCCUCCCUCUUCAACCCCGCGUGGCUCCCCAGCUCCCUCAAGAGAGUCCACGUUGCAGUGACGGUCCCUGCCUGGCCUGCCUCUCACCGCCCCCACCUUGCCCUACAAGGCGACGGUCAGCCUGCCUCUCUCACAUUUUCUCUAAGGCGCUGUUUCCCCGCCUGGGACGUAACCCCUCCCUGCACAUCACCGGUCCACCCCCAAGUGCUCUGUGUUCAGACCCCUGACUGGGGCUGCGGUCCCCCCUUGUAAUCCCAAAGCUGCCCCACUAUGCCCCUGUGCUGCAAAGCUCUGACUUCCCGUCUGUCCCUCCCCAUCAGUCAGACCGUGGGCCGAAGGCUCUGGGAUGUCCUUUCCAGGCGCGGAGUAGGGGGCC